AAUAAAGGUGUAUCUUAUCUUAUCAUAUGACUCCAGCCCGGUAGGUGGCGCUGAUACACUGAACCGUCGAACGCCCUAAAAUCCAGAGAAGAAGAAGUAGCGUCAGAAGAGAGCAGCAUGAUGGGAUAUGAGAGUCCUCCGGCGGCGCGCUGCCGCCAUGUCACCUAGAGAGAAACACUUAGCGAUUCUCUCUGCUUUAGGCCUAGUUAGUCUCGCUCUUUAUUAUAUUCCUACGUUUCUUUACGCAACUUUAAUUCUUGCAGUGUGUUGUAUUGUGUGUUACUAUCACAGCGGAGAACCGCUUCCCGCCAGGUUAGGCCUCAAUCCGCGGGCUGGGCUGAACGUCCCUGCCGUGCUCCGGCGCUGGUUGUGGGGCUGGGGGGUGACCGGCGUGUCGGCAGCCGGACGGGGGAGAACGAAGAGCGGCAGAAACAAAACCGAGCUCCGGGACUCUGAGGGACACUUCAGAGAAAGACUCGUUGAACCUGGGAUUUACCGGAGAGAAACCUUGACAAGUGACUCGUUUCUUUUCAGCCCCCGGGAUUUCCUCAUGGGGAGUUACAUCGGGAAGCCCGAGAGUCCAACCGCCGACCCCGGGAGGCCAAGAGCGGGCAGAAACCCCCGAGAACAACUGCGUGAGAAACUGUCCAGACCCAACCAUGCUGUCUGUACCCCAAACAGGAGGCUGUCAUUUGCUGGGCGUAACGACAGCGGUGGAAGUGCACACUCUGCUUUCGAGCCUCUUUUGCCCAAUGGAACACCAUCACAGCUGGUCCCUAAGCCAGGAAGCCUGAAAAGAGGGAUGGCGUCGCUGGCGGAGGAGUCCAUCAUGAAAAGGUCUCGUACCUCCUCCAUCAGCUCUGGCAGUGGGGUCCAUGCCCCGAGAGGAACCCCAGGCUCGUUGAGAAAUCCUAUCCACAGCUCCUACAGCUCUACACUAGGCCUCAGCCAGUGGAAGAAGCGGUCAGCACCCAGCUCCCCUCUGUCCAGCCCUGGAUCAUCUCGCUCUCAGACUCCAGAAGGAGCCUCCAAAAGACCCAGAGAGGACGAGGGGCAGUCUCCCAGCUCAGCAUCCUCAGCGAGGUCAGACCAGACAGCCUCUGACAAGGCACCUGUUACUUCCAAACUGACUCCAGUCCCCAAGGUCCCAGUUCCUACCUCAACAGACUCUACUGGUAGUGGUGGAAAGAGAAAACGCAAGAUCCAGCUGGUGUCCAGCCACCGGGACGAUCACAUCUCUCUGCCUCCGCCUCCAGAGCUGGGCUACACCAUCACUGUGAAAGACCUGGAUGAAGAGAAAAAGGCUGCCAUCAGCAAGAUCCAGAAGGUCCUGGAGACGCCCGCUCCAGAGCCGGAGAAGUCUGUCUCUCCGCCAGCCACCACCUCCACCCAGCCUGCCUCCUCUGCCAGCUCUACCACCACCACCACCCUGAGCAGCCUCCUGGCCGCUCCUCUGCCCACAGCCUCCUCCAGCCCUGCCAUCCCAGUCAUCAACCUGGACCCCAGCCCCGGCAGCAGCGUCAGCACAGCACCUGCAGCCUACAACCCACUGCUGGAGGCUCUGAAAGUGAAGAUCAGCUCUCCUAAUAGCUCCACAGCUGCUGUCAACACAAGUGCAGUGUCUGCAUCAACCACACCGGUUCAACCCAGUGGCUUAACCCUGAAUGUUUCGAACCCAGUGGUUCCACCACAGCUCCCUCCUGCCUCCCAGUCUCAGUCCUCCUCUGCUGGUGUGGAGCAGCCUUCUGCCUUCACUCAGGUGCUGAGUCAGGUGUCCAAGGCUUCCAGCAACCCUCUGCCUACAGCAGGACCAACCCUGUUUGGAUUGACGAGUCAGAUCAGCACCCCCACUGCUUCUUCAGCCUCUAACCCAGUCACUACUGCUGUGACUACCCCGGCCAGCAGCUCAGAGUCGGUCAGUAACGUCAACCCUCUGCUGGCUUCAGGGUUCAAGCCCAUUUUUUCCGUCACCACCACCUCAUCGGCUACAUCAGCAUCAGAGAGCAAACCUCCUGUCCAAAAUUUCAAGCCCAUCUUUGGAGCUGCCACUGCAGCUGCUGGCUUUGGACAGCCUCCGCCCUACACGGCUGCCAACCCCGACUCUACAGUUUCCUCAAGUACUACAUCUUCAAUGUUUGGUGGAUCAGCAAGCAGCACCACCGUUACCCCAUCUGUUUUUCCCGGCAUGACCACCACUGGUACAGCUUCCACUGGUUCCAUCACAGCCACACAGUCUGCAGCUGAGCCAGCCGUCAAAUCCCUCUUUGGAAACUGGUCAGCACCAUCCACAACAAGUACCAGCUCAGCCACAGCGCAGGCCCCCAGUACAGGGAGCACAUUUCAGUUUGGAACUGCUACCACCACUACUGCAGCUGCCCCCGCUGCUGCAACCACAACCUCCAGCAACAGCAACUUCACGUUUGGUGCCACACAGCCAGACCCUCAAGCAGCCAACCAGAAGGUAUUCGCCUUUGGUCAGGCAGCACCCAACCAGAACACAACCACUGCUUCAUUUGGAGGCUUUGCCAUGGCCAACACAGCCUCCACCGCUGCUGCCGCCACCACCCAGUCCACCUUUACCUUUGGAAAGUCAUCAUUUCAAGCACCAGCGGCACAGUCAGCCUUUGGCUCCUCUUCGGCACCGGCAGCACAGACAACCUUUGGCUCCUCAGCGGCACCGGCGACGCAGCCGACAUUUGGCUCCUCAGCGGCACCGGCAGCACAGACAACCUUUGGCUCCUCAGCGGCACCGGCAGCACAGACAACCUUUGGCUCCUCAGCGGCACCGGCAGUACAGACAACCUUUGGCUCCUCUUCAGCACCGGCAGUACAGACAACCUUUGGUUCCUCAGUGGCACCGGCAACGCAGCCGACGUUUGGCUCCUCUUCGGCAACAGCGGCAACGGCGACCUUUGGAGCCUCAGCAGCACCACCAAAACCAUUCACCUUUGGAAGCAGCGGGGGAGCAUCAUCUACACCUGCCUCUAACACUGCCCCAACCCCUUUCGCCUUUGGUUCAGCUGCUGUCACCACAGCAACCACUUUUGGGACCCCAGCUAAACCGGCAUUCGGAGCCAGCUCCACUGGUUUUGCUUUCGGUGGCACCACCGCUCCCUCAGCUGCACCACCAACCUUUGGUGCAGCAACCCAGACUCAGAGCUCCUCCUCAGCCACCUUCACAUUUGGCGGUGCUGCUCCUCAGCCAGCUCCUGCCGGCCCUUCUCAGUCAGCACCCGGUGGAUUUAACUUUGGUGCUGGUAUGCCAUGCCCCCAGUUUGGAACACCAGUCUCCAAUAAUCCUGCACCACAGAUGGGAAGCUUCAACUUUGGGGCUGCUGCUACUGACAAACCAGCUUUCGGUAAGGAAUAA